UUCGAUCCUCCUGCCCCAGCCUCCCAAGCUUUUGGGACUGUAGGCAUGAGCCACCACACUCUACCUGUACCUGGUGUCUUGCUCUGGGGCUUCUUGAUCCCAUGAGACGUUUGCAUUGAGGUCCUGGAUAACCUUCAGGAGGAAUGUGAACUGGGUGGAUAAUCUAGUUAACGAGGCUGAGCCGCUGGUACCUUAGUCAUGUCUCCUGGUGAAUCAGCUUCCUGAGGGCAUCUGCCGGAGGGAAGUUUCUAGAUAAUGAAGCUUACCCCUUGAAGUACUUUAGGGCUUUAUUGUUUUCCCCAUAUUGUUGGAAAAUAUCCAAAAAUGAGUUGCCUACUUUCGGGUCUCGUUGAGCAGACUCCGACAAGCACUGCCGUUACCUUGGCAACUGUCGGCCAAGUGCAUCUACCUUUGGGAGUUGGUUGAAUCUGUUGGUGCUCCUUGGGGGCUGGGCAGGACCACUGUCUCCAUCUCAGAGGAGGAAGCUGAGCUUAAAUCCUCUGACAGGAAAUAGGGCCAGCUCCAGGCCUCUCUCCUGUGGUAGGAUCUGAGUUGCUUGCCGUCUGUCUGUCUAGCAGCUCUGCACAGAGCACCUUGUCCUGGCUGCUCUGGUGCAGUACAGCUGAUGCCACCAGCCAUCUGCCCCCACACACAGUGGCCCCAGGCUCCCAGGCCUCCAUGGUUACUGGUUUAUCUUUCCUCCCUGGCCUUCCUACCAAGAAAGCCAUUCUGGAUUCCAUUCCUGUGCAACAGCUGGCUCUGAAAAGGGGGUAGGGGGUGAGGGGCUUGUUAGAAUUGUGAGUAAAAUAAGUCCGCUGUGGCAUCUGCGGCGCUGUUUGGGUGGCUGGGUCUUCCCAGCUGUGUUUUGGAUAGGUGCAGCCUUUGGGCUAAUGGUUCACCUAACUACCGGGUGAGGAGGAGUGCCCACUUUGGGGGUCCGGUGCACCUGGGGGUAAGUCUGGCACCUGUCAAUUCGCAGGGCCAAUGACCUAACCUCUGCCAGGUUCAGUUACCCUCAGUGAUAAACUGGGAUGGAUAACAUAAGCCUCACAGGGAAUAUCCCAAGAGGACUCACGGAGACGACCUGCGGCCUCAUGUUGGUACUAGGUUGGUUGUAGGUAUUGCUUUUGUCUGUGUGACUCGAAAUAUGACAAGACAGUGACCAUUCACACAUCCACUCAUUCCUCAGGUGUGUAUAUGCCCCCCAUCUCUUCUUGCCUAGUUUACUUUUGUGUACGAUGAAGAAGAUAUCCUAAUAGCAAUAACAGCAAACGUGACGUGGUCAGUAACCUAGCAGGGUGUUAAGGGAGUGCAAUAUAUAAGUUGUCCUCUUCGUCAUUGGUACUCAUUGUGUCAGGCACCGUGCUAGGUGGGUGCUAGGGAUUAGGAAGUGGAUAAAAUGGCUGUGACCUUGGUUCUCAUGGGGCUUUGCAGUUUAUGUCCAUCUUACUUUCUCCUUCGCAGAGUCCACCAGGGUUUCAGUGCUGUGUGUUGAAAGAUGGAUCAAUGAGUUGUGCACAUAACCCGGAGGGGCUCCCAGGGCCCCCCACUUGCUGCAGGAGUUGGUUGAAUGUGGCUGCCCCUCCCUCUCUGGCUCUCUGGCCCCGAGCUCUUGGUUUUGUCUCAGUCCCAAACCAGAAGUCAAAAGGAGGGAACCGCAUCUGUCUCGCCCAAGCCUUAGCCGUGGUCUCUGAAAAUGCUGAGACCUUCCGAAUGCCACGGGGACGAGGGGUCUAGGUGGGGACCUAGUGAGCAGGAGGAAGCCCUGGGUUUGGAGUUAGGGACAGAAGGUAAAUCCUGGCCCUGCCACUUGGUAGCUGUGUGGAUUUUUUUCAGAUCAUUUCUCUCCUCUGAGCCCCGGUUUCCUCGUCUGUCAGAUGCGACAGUGAUGGCGCCUGCCUUGAAGGGCUGUAGGGAGAAGGAAAUGGGAGCAGAAUACAGGCCCAAGUUCAUUCAAGGCCUCCUCCAGUGCCCCUCCUGAGGGAAGCUCUCUGUGACCCCCCCCCCACCCAGGGUUCACGCUCCUGCCUCUGAGCACAAAAGACAUUUAUUUCUACAAGCUCCAGAGCGGUGCUCCCAGCUCCACGUGAGCUUCCUCUGGGCUCCCUGGAUACAGACUCAGACAGAGAAGCGCAUUGUUGGGAGCCUCCCAGGAGGUCCAGCCAUUGGGAACUGAACCAGGCAAGACUGGGCGGAGGACAAAGUUGCCUCAGGGGUGGGGUGCGGGGAGAAAAGGCUAAUACAGUGGGAGAAAUUGACCCAGAAGGAGAAUCCUACUUACAGAGGGAGAAGCUGACAUGCAUGGGGAAAGAUGUCACGGGGGGGAGAAUCUGACGCUGUGGGAGACGCUGGCAAAUAGCAGGAGAAGCUGAUGCAUAGAGGGGGGAGCUGAUGCAGGCAGUCGCUGAGGUCUUGGCCAGUCCUCCAGGGAGUUCUGGGGCCGGCAAGGCCUCUUGGAGUUAUCCUGAAAGAGGCAGGGGACAAGCCUUUAAACCAGCACCCCAGCCAGGCAUGAACUAGAAACCACCCUUUCCCUUCUCCCCUAAGGGGUCAUAACCUCGAGACAUAGAGUCCCCUGCAGCAAGGGGCAGUUCCCAGGGAGUGAGGGUGGGGAGCAGCUGGCAUGUCCUCCCUGAAGAUCCAGCUAAACAUGGAAGAACCAAUGGAGAAGUGAACCCAAACCUUCUGCCCACACGGCGCUUAGGGCUAUAUUUGGUCUAUACGUAUUCGGUAUCUGCGGCCAGCUUGGCAGCCUUGCUCGGGCCAGAAUCUUCUCAUUAGCCAAGCACGCAGUUGGUGCUUAAUAAGAGUCUGUCAGAUUUCAUUACCAGUAGCCAACUUUGACCCCUCUCUUUGUCUCUUUCAAAUACCAUCGCCUGCCCAUUCCAAAGAUGUCUCUCCUUUGUGCACCAAAGCUGCGCACAAUUAUAUUUUUCAAACUCAGAAGAGAAAAGGGAAGCAAAAGCCUGUGGAGAUAGAACCUAAUUUUAAAAACAUCCCGCAUAGCAAGGAAAGGAAGGGUGGCCAGCACACGACCUGGUCAGGCCUCACAGCAUCCACCAGAAUUUUGCCAAAGAGGGCAAAAUAGUAAACGCACUUGGUCACCUCUCCCCGGGCUCUGCGGCAGGCUGGGUGUUUUGAAGUUUCCCUGGGAAACUUUGCCACGGGGUGAAAAUCGAGCUGCAGCUCGGGCACCUGCCAAAGUCUCUAGGCUCAGCUGAGCUAUUGUUCACGCUCCAAGUCCUGACAUUAUCAGGCGUAACCUGAUUUAUGAUGGGGCCCAUGUGGCUCACUGGGACACAAGACCCCAUUCUCCUCCAUUGGCCCAUGGGCAGUGUGCCUAAUCUGGGUGUCAUUACCACUGAUGGUAAUGAAAACUCGAGGUUUUCCUGUUACUGUGGUUUAUAACAGGUAACAGUCUUAUUUUCAUUGUUUCAACUGGUUCCCACAAGUCCGUGGAGUAGACAGCUGUAGGAUUAUAAGGAAUUGGUUCAGCUUCUCUGGGCCUCCGUUACCCCCUCUCUAUGUGGUCACAGGAACUCCUAAGAUGUGAGGCUGAGUCAUACAAUACCCGCCAGGCCCUUCGCAUUCUUAAUAAAGGCUUGACGUUACUCGUAGGGAUCAUUAGUCUCACUUUACAGGAGGAAGCCAAGUUUCGGAGAGACGAAGUUUACCACCAAGACACCAGGGUUUCAAGCGGGGAAAACCCCUGGACAGAGAUGCAAGCGGAACCAGGUUUCCAUGAGCUGGAUCGCCACCGUCAACAGUGUAGGUGUCAUUGAGAACAGAGGGACUCCUGACUCCUCCAAAGGAAAAAGAAAAUGUUGAAGAGGUGGUGCUGUUCAAAGAAGUUUUUUUUUUUAAAAAAAACAAGAUACUUGGACUUUUUAAUGGAAUCCUUCUUAUUUUUUAAUAUUUGGGUCUAAAAACCAGGAAGGAUAUUAUAUUCAGAGAGAAUUGAAGAAAGCUCUCUGCGCCCUCUGCUGAAGGCCUUCCGAGGCCUGCACAGUGACUGGUUUGCACUCAUAUGGCCUCGUCUCAUUCCAGUCCCUUCUUCCCAAACAGGAGUUCCACUGGCAGACAAAGAAGGUGGGACCCUGGCUCCCUGGACCCCUGCUGUCCUUGGGGAUGAAGGUCAUUGCCCUUCCUGUUGUCCUUAUCUCCUGCCAGAUAGUCCCCACCCUCAGCAGCUUCUGGCAGUUCCAGAGGAUGGUCAGCCACAUCACGGGAAGGAGCACCUUCCUCUCCUACUAUGGAUAGGACUGCUACUGUGGGCUCGGAGGCAAAGGGAUCCCUGUGGACGACCCAGAUAGGUGUGUGCAGGGCUGCAAGGCCACCUGCCAUUCGAUUUGCACUGAAGCUGUAGCUUGGAGCCAGAGAGGGGUGGGGCAGGGGGAGAACCAGGAGCCUUUCAUGGCAAGUAGAGAAACCAACUCAGGCCAACGUAAGAAAAGACUGGAAGGGUCACAGGGGCCUGAAGUAUCUCCCGCGCUUGGUGGUGGAACAGCGGACGGGCCAGGACGGGUGGUCUGCAGGAGGACUGAUUUAACCCUCCUAGUGAAUAUAGGAGGUGGUGUCACCACCCCCAUGUUACAGUUCGCCACUCUGGCUCCAGGAGGGGAGGCAGGUGAGUCCCUUGCUGUUCCACCUGAGGUCCUCCAGCCGAUUCCCCAGGGACCUUGCACGGAUGCCGUCUCCCUCUCAUCUGAUCCCAGAUGCUGUGUGACGCAUGACUGCUGCUACGAGAGGCUGAAGGAGUCUGGCUGCCAGCCCGUGUGGAACAGCUACCAGUCCCUCAUCAUCAACAAGACGGUGGUCUGUGAGUAGCCUUCUCUGUAGGGAAAU